AUGCCACCUCCAACUUACGAGGAAAUUUAUCAAUCCCUCCCGGUCCGGGACUCGCAGACGCGGCUGCUGCGUCUGCAGCCUUCCAAGCGCUAUGAAGAUGAUCUGGUCUGCACGCUUUCUGUCAUGGAUCUUGACUCCGAGCCAGUCAGCGCCGACGACUACGUCGCCUUGUCGUACUCCUGGGGAGACGAGUCGCGAGAUCAUACUGUGCUAUGCAGUGGCCUGAGUAUCAAAGUCACCAAGAGCUGCUUCAACGCAUUACGAGCACUUCGCCAACAAGGAGAACAACGUAUCUGGAUCGACCAGCUAUGCGUGGACCAAACAACUAUCGCUGAGCGCAGCAAUCAGGUGGCAUUGAUGUAUAAAACCUUUCGCCAGGCACAGAAGACUUACGUCUUCUUAGGACUUCUGCCUGACCUCAUCGCAGCGCUGCAUUGCGACUUCCUUCCACGACGAAUGUCACCGUCUCAGGCCCUUCGUCGCCUGUUAGACCAGGACGAAGGUAAAACAACAGGCGAGCUGCUAUCCAUGUCCCUUGUCACAAAGACCCAAAUGCGAGAGAUGCUACGGGCGGCCUCCUCCGAGCUUCAUGGCGACAGCGUCUCUCAGCUCAAGGCAUUGAUGGAGGAGGCUAUUCUCUGGCGAAACGCGCAGAAGUUCUUCUCGAUGGACACCGCUUCCCUUUUGACGCACUAUGUACGAUGUGUUGGCGUUACCACAGUUGGCGCUAUGAGAUGA